CAGAAAGACACCCACGUUUUUGUUAGUUUAUGUUGACGACUUACCAUCGUGCGACACGGUCUCCUCUUAUCUUUGUUUUUUGCAAAUAUGAGCUUAUCGCUUACAAUAGGAAUUAUUAUUCUCCUGAGCGGCAGGAUACCUAAAGUGUCUUCUUCAUACAACGUAACCAUUACAACUGUGAAAGAUUCAACCAGUUAUAGGCAUGGAGUUCGACCUUUUAUGCAACAUUUAUCAAGAACCACUAAUGGGAUUUCUGACGUCAGUUUUGCCUUCCAGGACAUAAUUCCUGUUGGAAAAGUCAUUGAAGAUAUUAUUGUUUCCAUAUCAUUCGCAGAUGUCAGUCAAAUUGAUUUAAAAAAGUCUUUCUCUUACAAUGUAAGCAAUCACAAGACAAAUACAGUACUACCUGAGCUGACGGAACGUAUUCAUAUAUAUCUGAAUUCUUCGGAUCAGUAUGUGUUGAUGAAUGAUUUUUGUGAAAUGCAAUGUUCUAAUAUAUCUAAUUGUUUGACCUUGAACAUAACAUGUCAAGUGCAAUCAAAAGAUGUGGAUACUUCAGCAAUGUCAGCGGUACUCAGGACUUCUUGGACAGAAUCAAUUUGUGAUUUUGACAACCAGUGCUUUCUUGAAUAUGAAGGACAAUUUCAUAUAAGCGAGAAUGGAACUCAUGGAAGAUGUGACAUUUGUAUGAUUUUGCCCAACCAAGAAGAACAUAUUUCAGGACGAUAUGCUCACACGAUGAAAAAUGAAUCAAACAAUUCGAUGGCGUGGAUGAAAUCCAAAAUUAUAUACGGCAGUUCUUAUGGUUGUCAGUUAAAGAUUUCUGAAUGGCAGUUUACGAGGACAGUAAUUAUUGUUACUAUAACAACGAUUUCAAGGUUCCGUGUUAUAAAGACACUUCUUCGUGAAAAUUUCAGCCGACGAUGGAAUCAAACAAGCAUUAUGGUAGGACGGAUAUCUGAGCCAUUUUAUUUCAGUAUAGGAUUUAGCUCUGAAUAUCUUGUCGCUGUUGACGACAUUAAGUUAUCUAACUGUGAGACAGAUAUAUCCCCGAAAGUCUGCGCAAUAACCGAAUAUCAAUGUCAGUCUGGGCUGUGUAUAAACAAUCAUAGAAAAUGUGACAUGAUCCAAGACUGUUUCUAUGGAGAUGACGAAGCUGAAGAUUUGUGUAAUGGCAUAGCAUCAGAUUUUGAGAGAUGUGAUUUUGAUCAUGGACUAUGCGGUUGGAAAAUACAAAAUCAUUCAAGUAACUGUAGAUGGGAAAAAGUACAAACCUCAACCAUUGUAGUUGCCAAUCCAAAGUUUAAGUUUCAACCGAGAGGUGAAAUCUUAUAUAUUAAUGGAUCUAAAUGCAACGAAAAAGGAAAUGUAGAUCUGAAAAGUCAAAUUUUUCUCUCUGAUGGUAAAGGAACUUGCAAGAUGCACUUCUCGUAUAUAAUGUAUAUUGGUAUGUUACGGGUUGAUUUAUGUGAAAUACAUAACAAUGACACAGAGGAUUGUUCGAGGAAGAUAGGAGUUUUUGACAUCCAAAGACGCUGGUUAUCCAAAGGUGUUUAUGUACCAUUAGCAAAAACGAGGUACAGAAUUAGAAUAAGAGGAAUUAUAUUUGAGAACCACAAGGAUUUGUAUAUUGGUCUUGACGCAAUAUAUUUUGAAGGGAAUUGCUUCAUAAAUGAACCAUCAGAAAUCCCCAAAAAGGACAACACUAUAGUAAUAGCAGUUUCAAUAUUAGCCGGAAUUUUGGGAAUAUGUCUUAUAUUAAUUAUACUAAAAGUUAGGCAGAUGAGUCAUAACGAAAAAUCAAUGAAAUGUGGAAUACCUCUCUUUUGUGCAUCGAUGAGAUCAGAUGAAUCGCUUGACACAAUGUCUUCAUUCAUUGGUGGAAACAGUGUUACAUCUCCACUUUAUACAUCUAUAGAGGAGGAUGAACAAGUUCAAAGCGAUAUUCACAGUAUCGCCAGGCAUAAAUUAACUGUUCAGAGGCUGCUUGGAAAAGGUGCAUUUGGUGAAGUUUACCAUGGUCUACUUGCAGACGUUGCACACUCAGAAGUACCAACCCCAGUGGCAGUUAAGACAUUACCUACAUUAUGUUCAGACCAAACGAAGUUAGAUUUUUUUAUGGAAGCAGUGAUGUUAAGCAAACUAAAGCAUCCGAAUAUAGUGAAGUUUAUCGGGAUUUCCAUCGAAGGGUCAUCGAUAUUACUAGUUACCGAACUGAUGGGCGGUGGUGAUCUACGUUCAUACCUCCGGUGUUUGAGAACUAAGUUGCACGAAGUAACUCCCCAGGAGCUCAUUCUUCUUUGUGUAGAUGUUGCCAAUGGAUGUCAAUAUUUAGAAGAACAUGGGUGUAUUCACAGAGACCUUGCAACGAGAAAUUGUCUUUUGUCAGAGAAAGGUUCAAGAAAAAUAGUAAAAGUCGGCGAUUUUGGGAUGAGUCGUUUGACUGGAAGAACCAAUUACUACAGAAAGAAAGGUACUGCUUUAGUUCCUGUAAAAUGGAUGUCACCAGAGGCUUUCAUCGACGGAGUUUUCACAUCAAAGACUGAUGUAUGGAGUUACGGUGUUUUGUUAUGGGAAGUGUUUUCGUUAGGGCAUGUUCCCUAUCCUGGAAAGUCAAACGAAGAAGUCAUGCAGUUUGUCAAACAUGGUGGACGACUUCCGAAACCAGAAAUUUGCACCGAGAAAAUAUAUCAGCUUAUGAAGAAUUGUUGGGCGGAUGAUUCUGUCUCGAGGCCAAAUUUUACAACAAUCAAAGAGAAAUUAUCCAGUAUUGAGCAGGGUGAUAACACCAGUACAUCUAAUCCGUAUUUGUCAGUGCCCUGUUAACGAAGCAGCACCAUUAUUUAUAUCAUUCAAAGACAGAAACAGUUAGGUCGAACCUAUGAAUGUACAGUAUGUGAUGAACCAAUCAUAUUCUAAUUAAAUUGAAAUAUUUAAAAUGUAGAUACUUCCAAUGACGAUGAUGUCAUAUUCAUUGUAUAUGUGCCACUGGUGAUUUGGCAAUCAACACACCAUCAAUAUAGUAGGGUAAACUACGACAUUGUUCCAUUGAUACAUUUUUUCUUUUAUUAAGUAUUUACAAUGUUAUGAAUGUUCGUACAUGUGUGCAUGAAAUGCCUGUUUAGUACUAAAGCGUUGUAUUGAAGGUUUCCCCAUCGCAUUCAACUAUACCUGUACUUGACAGAAAUAAAACCAAAUUUUGUUGUCAUAAAGUGCUGAAAUAUAUAUAUUCUCCGUGGAAAUAUGGGAAUUCUCAGAAUAAUUGUUGAUAACGAUAUAGUACAGUGCACACUUUAUAUAAUAAAAUUAGAAAAUUACGAAUUGCUUAAUGUAAGUAGCAAAAUACUAACAUAUCGUUCCUGUUAUGAUUGUCCAUCUUACGCCAUAUGAGAACAAAUUGUAUUCUAUGAAAAUGAAAUUGCAUAUCGUUAACAGGUCUUCACAGUUUUAAAAGACUGAUUUCUUUAGCCAUUUAUCAUAAGAGCCAUAAACACGGAAUGCAUCAACGAAUCUUGUCCUGUUGGUAAACGAAGUCCUCCCUAUAUAUAAAAGACAAUAUGUUGCCCAGUAUUCAUCUUGAUGGUAUUUGUAUUUAUGUGUUUUCUAAAUCAGGCAAACUUUUGCCACCAUUGAAUGAAAAGAAGGGUCAAUUAAACUCCCUUGACCAUUUUUAUUUUACUUUUGACGAUUUUGAAUAUUACAGGGACAUUCAUGGUCUCGAAGUUGGAAAAGUUUCCGGGUAAUUUAAUUUAUUAUCCGGGUCAAUUGAUUAUCCAUCUAAAGUUAAAGUACUGUUUCGUUUUGUGUUACUUAACGAAGUUGGUCAUGUUCGUUUUGACUUUCUAUCAUUGAUAGUUUUACAUGUUUCUCAAUUGUCGGUAUUUGUUUUUAUAUAUUUAGAG